AUGUACGUUGUAGGGGCCCGUCGGGUAGCCGUCGGCGAAGUCGGUACUUCGGGCCGGCCAUUCAUCGCAUUAACGAUUUGGGACGAGAGAAGACGCUUGAAUGUCAGCCAGAGCGGCGGGGGUCGCCAAGAGAGAAGGAUCUGUCCUGUAGAUGUACUCGUAAAGCGAGAACACGACGUGUUUACAAGUUCGAGUCGUCCAGCUCCUGGUGGUGGCAGAGGAGGCAAAAUAGGGUUAGAUGUUGAAGGAAAUGCGGCGUGA